UGAAUUUCUUUGUGCUAGUGUCAUCUAAUUCCAAGUCCAAUUCCACCCACUGGUGCAACAAUCACAAGUGGAUAAAAAGUCCACCAAGUCAUCCUAAAGCCUUCUCAUCCAACCCCAUUCAAUUCCUCCCUCAAAACCUAAUACAACCACCUACCAAAUUCUCUAUAUAAACACACCACAAACUCAAAUUAAAACCAAAACAAACCAAAACAAUGGAACAAGACCAUUGCCACCUUCCAAACAUUCUCCCCAUUACCAUCUCCUCCAAAAAACCACCACCUUCUCCUCCUUCUCCUUCUCCUUCUUCAACAUCUUCACUAUCUUCCUCACCAAUAUCAUCGAAAAUAACCGGUUUCCAUGCCGGCUACUUCCGCAUAAGCCUCGCCCUUUGCGGGCAAGCAUUACUAUGGAAAACUCUAAGUGAACAUACUACUUCCGAUCCCCGGGAGCUACAUCACCUCAUCGCUCGUCUUCCUUCGAUCUCCUUCCUCCUCUUAUGGUCUCUUGCAUUCUUAUCCCUCCUCUCCUUGUCCCUCCUCUUCCUAAUCCGGUGCUUUGCCCACUUCCACCAUGUUCGCGCCGAGUUAUCUGACUAUAUCGGCAUGAACUAUCUAUUCGCACCUUGGAUAUCUUAUCUUCUACUUCUCCAAUCAACUCCUUUCCUUGAUCGUCACUCUCCUACAUUCAUUCUUCUAUGUCUAUUCUUUUCACUCCCGGUAAUUAUCCUCGACGUAAAAAUCUACGGGCAAUGGUUCACCAAAGGAAGAAAAUUUUUAUCCGUCGUCGCAAAUCCAACAAGUUUAUUGAGUGUCAUAGCCAACCUUGCCGGAGCAAGAGCUUCGGCAAGAAUGGGAUGGAAAGAGAGUGCAGUGUGCUUGUUCUCACUUGCCAUGGCUCAUUACCUCGUGUUAUUCGUAACCUUAUAUCAACGUUUACAAGGCAGUAACAGCCUUCCGGCGAUGCUCCGCCCGGCUUUCUUCCUCUUCUUUGCUGCUCCAAGCAUGGCUAGUUUCACUUGGGCCUCCAUCUCCGGCCAUUUUGACAUCUCAUGCAAAAUGCUUUUCUUUCUUUCUCUUUUCCUCUUCACUUCCCUGGUAUCACGUCCAGCACUGUUCAAAAGAUCAUUGAGAAAGUUCAACAUUGCAUGGUGGACUUACUCUUUGCCUGUAACCAUCUUGGCCUUGGCUGCAACUGAGUAUGCUCAAGAAGUUAAGGGUGGCAUCUCUAAUGCUCUUAUGCUCUGUUUAUCGGUCCUUUCGUCGAUCGUCACUCUCGCGCUUUUAGUUUAUACAGUACUCAACGCCGGUGAACUCAUUCCCGUUGACGAUCCUUUUUCUUCGGUUAUCACAUGACACCGAUGAUUUGAAUAUAUAAACCUGAGUCUUUGUUUCUUGUUUCUUGUUUUUUUUUUCAUGUCCUUGGAAUGCAUUGCAAUUGUACAAUGCUUC